CAACAACAUCAACAACAACAAACAUUUCGCGACAAUGACAAGUAACGGGCUGUGGAGCGCGAUGGAUUGGCCAUGUUUGUUUGGCUCUCUCCUUAAAUGGAUAUCUGAUUGUUGUCGCAAUAUAGUUAGUUAUAAUCAUUUUCGCAACAACUAAAUAUCUAUACACAAGCAGCAAAAAUUUAUGAAAAAAUGGUACUAAAUAGAUUACCAUUUUGUCGUCGACCUUUGCAUCUUUGGUUUCGUGCAAGCAACGGUCAAAUGAUUCGAAGAUUACAUAAUCAAAUUAGUCCACAACGAAACAGUACAACAACGGCAGCAGAAUCGCAACAACGAGCAACAAGUGGUGUACCUGCUGCUGAUCAUUGCAGAUGGCAGCCAUUUAAUAAUAAUGGUAAUAAUAGCCUAACCGAGCUGGAUAAUCAACUACAACAGGUCAAAGUAUUUGCCGAUGAACGAAUUAUUCAAUUUACGUUUGAAUCGGGUAAAUCGGUCAACUAUACAAUGCUUUGGCUACGACAUUUAUGUCCCUGUUCGGAUUGUAAUGGAAGCAUCAAAUCCUUCAAUCAUCAAUUCCCGGUAACAACAAACAAUACCAACGCCGUCAAUGAAGAUUCGUCGUCGUCGUUAAAUGUUGGACAGAUUCGGUUCAAUACCGAUACAAAUGAAUUAGAAAUCGAAUGGCUAGAUAAUGAUUAUCGAAGGCAUAAUAGCAUCUAUAACAUUAAACAUCUUAAUCUCUACUAUAAACACAUUUAAUGAUUAAAUUAAAUU